AUGGUGUCCGCCCGAGCUGCCCCGGCGCAGAGUGGUACAGCUGCUACCGCUGCGCAGACCGCUGCCGCCUUGCAGGCAAAAGCUGAUAUGUGGAAUCAGGACUUUUCCAACUACAUGUUCAUUAUUCUUGGCUCUCUGAUCGUCGCAUUAUUGGUCUGGAGAGUGGGCACAGAGUCCGUCAAGUAUGUCCGAACAUUGGCCUCAUUGAGCAACGAUACUCAACGGUACUUCACCGUUCCGUCCGAGAAAUUUUCAUCAUUCAAAAAACACGUUCUUUAUGCCCCUAUCUUCCGGAAGAGACACAACAGAGAGUUCCAGCUAUCAUCCGCAGUCAACGUUGGGACUUUGCCAACUCGAUUACAACUCUUGUUUCUCGUGUCAUAUUUUGGGACGAAUAUUGCGUUUUGCGUUGUGAGCAUCAACUGGGAUCAGCCUCUGGCUACGGCCUCGAAGGAACUGCGAAACCGUACAGGCAUACUUGCUGUGGUCAACAUGAUUCCCCUAUUCAUAAUGGCCGGCAGAAACAACCCUCUGAUCAAUUGGAUUGGUUUAUCCUUUGAUAAUUUCAACCUGUUGCACAGAUGGUUCGGACGGAUCGUUGUGCUGGAAGUCCUUGCUCAUGCCAUUGCAUGGGGAGCUUCGAAAUUUUCUACCGGAGGUUGGGCUGCAAUUCAGAAGGCUAUCACAGGAGAUCCCAUGAUUAUGUACGGCUUUAUUGCCCUUGUCGCCUUUGUCACCAUUGCUUUUCAAACAAAUUCGAUCUUUAGGCAUGCAUUCUACGAGUCGUUCAAGCAUAUUCAUAUCGCUUUAGUGAUUUUAAUCCUCAUCGCUAUCUGGUAUCAUCUGAAGUUGGCAAACCUUCCCCAGAUCAACCUGCUCAUGGGCGUCAUCGGUCUCUGGGUUCUCGAACACUUCAGAAGAAUCGUCAAGGUCAUCUACAGGAACAACGCCGGAUCGAAGGCUUUGGUUGAAGCAUUGCCAGGGAACGCCUGCCGUGUUACUGUGGAUAUGGCUCGACCUUGGACAUUCAAAUCAGGGCAGCACGCCUACCUUUACAUGCCCGCGAUUGGGCUGUGGACGUCACACCCCUUCUCGGUCGCUUGGUCCGAGGAGGCCGAGCAGUUGGAUAAUGAAAAACUGGCCAUGACACGACAGGAUAUUCUCGCCAUGCAAAAAACCAGCAUGUCAUUCAUUAUUAGAGAACGGACUGGGUUCACUAAGAAGCUGUUCAAGAAGGCCGAGGCCUCGCCUGACGGAAAGUUCUUCACGAAUUGCUUUGCGGAAGGACCAUACGGAGGGCUUCAUAAGAUGCAUUCGUAUGGAACAGUCAUGCUUUUUGCAGGCGGAGUCGGAAUCACGCAUCAAGUUCCUCUUGUGAGAGAUUUAGUCGCAGGGUACGCCAAUAGAACCGUUGCAGCAAGAAAGAUUAUUUUAGUCUGGAUCAUUCAAUCACCCGAGCACUUGGAAUGGAUCAGACCGUGGAUGACAUCGAUUCUCGCCAUGGACAAACGUCGGGAGGCUCUUCGAAUCAUGCUCUUCGUUAGCCGGCCACGAAGCACAAAGGAGAUCCACUCCCCCUCAGCCACUGUCCAGAUGUUCCCCGGCCGACCCAACAUCGAGACUUUAAUUGACCUGGAAAUCGAAGGUCAAGUCGGAGCGAUGGGUGUUUCAGUUUGCGGGAGUGGAACCCUCUCCGACGAUGUUAGGAAGGCAUGCCGGAAUCGACAGCAUGGCAGCAACCUCGACUUUAUCGAGGAAGCAUUUUCAUGGUAA